AUGGCUGCGCAACCCGCGAACGGCCAAUUGGCAACACAUUCAAUCCCCUCGCUACCUCUAUUCCUCGAAGCGAGGAAGCAUGCUGAGAAUACCCCGGACAAGAUCGCAGUGGACGAUGCCUCCAAGGGGCAGCAGUUUACUUAUCGGCAGUUGCUGGCGGAUGCGGGUACAAUGAAAAAGGUCAUUUUGGAGGAAUUAGGGCUUGCAGACACUGGGAGUUUGGAAGAACGGCGUAUCGCAUUCCUUACUCCAAAUGGGUACGAUUAUGUGGUGGUGCAGUGGGCUGUUUGGGCGGCUGGGGGUGUCUGUGUACCAUUGUGCACCACCCACCCCGCCAAAGAGCUGCUAUACACAAUCGGCGAUUCAAACCCCUCGUUGAUCAUCCUGCAUCCGUCGUUCGAGAAGUUCGAAGCUCCCCUCCGUGAGGGGAUCACGAAAGACAUCCGAUUCAUGACCUUGACACCUUUCUCCCAGAAUAACGAAGCCACUCUCCCUCCGUUCAGCUCAGAAUGCUCUCUGGACCAGCGGGCACUGAUGAUCUACACGUCCGGCACUACAUCGAGCCCCAAAGGUUGCGUGACGACACACAGGAAUAUCACGUUCCAAGCCGGAUGCUUAGUUGAAGCCUGGGAAUACAACUCCUCCGACCGCCUGAUCCACGUUCUUCCUCUGCACCACAUCCAUGGCAUUGUCAACGGUCUCACAGCUAGCUUCCUUAGCGGAGUGACUGUCGAGAUGCACCCGAAAUUCGACCCCAAGGUGAUCUGGGACCGGUGGCAGGACCAAGGCUCCUCGACCAUGUUCUUUGCCGUUCCGACAAUCUACUCGCGUCUAGUGGACUACUUCGAUACCAAAAUCCGCGGUACGGAACACGAGGCUGCUGCUCGUGCUGGAGCCAAGGCACUGCGGCUUAUUGUCAGUGGUUCAGCGGCUCUCCCUACACCUAUCAAGUCCAAGUUUGCAGAUAUCACCGGUCAGACUCUGUUAGAGCGGUAUGGCAUGACAGAAAUUGGCAUGGGAUUGAGCUGCGGACUGGAAGUUGAGAAGCGAAUCGACGGAAGUGUGGGGUGGCCUCUUCCUGGCGUGCAGGUGCGACUUACAAACAAGGAGACCGGCGCAGUCGUCGAUGCCGUAGAUGAGGAUGGCAUGAUCGAGAUCAAGGGCGACAACGUCUUUAAGGAAUACUGGAGACGACCAGAGGCGACUACUAAGGAAUUUACUUCGGAUGGCUGGUUCAAGACCGGAGACGUCGCCAAGCGGGAUGCAGCUGGCGCAUACUUUAUCCAGGGUCGCGCGUCAGUCGAUCUGAUCAAGUCGGGCGGAUACAAGAUCUCCGCAUUGGAAGUGGAACGGAAGAUGCUUGGUCUGGACGCCAUUCAAGAAGUCGCCGUGGUUGGUUUGGCAGAUGAAGAAUGGGGACAGCGUGUGGGUGCCGUCGUCAAGCAGCGACCUGGUACCGAGCCAUUGGAACUCCAGGCUCUGCGCGCACAGCUGAAGCAGGAAAUGGCACCUUAUAAGAUCCCGACUGUGUUGAAGGUCGUCGACGCUAUUGAACGCAAUGCCAUGGGCAAGGUGAACAAGAAGACGAUUGUGCAAAAGUACUGGCCUGAGCUUGCAUAG